AAUGGCAGCCAAUGGGUAAAAUGAGUGCCCUAUAAAGGGUUAUUGAACAGAUACCAAAAACAAAUGCUUUGCUUCAAUAAAGAGACAAGUGUAUUACCGCUUGCCAGGACAAUACACUUUAUAAAGGAUUUAUUAUCUGUGAAAUGAAACUGUUAGCAAAAAGGACACAUGCCAAAUUUAGCUAGGCAUUGUUGUGAAACGGCUGUCUUUUCUCAAGAUCCAUUUCCCCUCGACCUUUAGUUCACGACACGCAGCAGGAAAAAGACGAGGUAAAUGCUUAACUGAGAGAGUUGAGCUGCUGUUUUGUCAGUCUUAGUGAUAGGUGAACUUGUGCACAUUAAAAAUUGCACAACUGGUCAGACUAUUAAAGAGGCUAAGGAAUUUUCAAAGUGAGCGUUUUAUAUCUGUACAGUACUCCAAGCUUGGGUGGUUUCUGUCAAUGUUUAAUUUCUUCUCUCCGGAGGGGCGGUGAAAAUGUUAGCAAAUAAACUACUGCGGCAUAAGCUCCUGAGAGAAGCUGAAAACUGCUCUCAUUAGUUACAGAUGCAGACACCUGCCAGUCAGUGGAGACUGAUGCCAGAAUAGUUUUAGCUCCUUCACUUCACACUAAAGGAAUGGCUGGGAGUCCGUGACAAAAUGUAAGCUCUCUGGAAUUGACUGCUUCUGCGGGGAGUGCCCUUCGCUUGAAGAAUAAACCAAAUCUGCAGCCUGAGGGACUCGAGAAUGCAUCUGUUGUUGAAGCUCGGGAGUCUUUCCAAGUGAAUGAAACAUGGCCAGCUCUGCUGUUCAGCUCCUUGGUUUUAUAUUGAGCCUGCUUGGGUUUGUGGGAACUUUAGCUGCCACUCUACUCCCACACUGGCGAACAUCAGCCUAUGUUGGCUCAAACAUUAUCACAGCAACAGCCUAUAUGAAAGGUCUGUGGAUGGAGUGUGUGUGGCACAGCACAGGUAUUUAUCAGUGUGAGGUGUACAGAUCUUUACUGGCGCUGCCGCAGGAUAUGCAGGCCGCACGCGCACUUAUGGUGCUCUCCUGCGUCUCCUCCACCCUGGCAAUUGUGGCUUCUGUGAUCGGGAUGAAGUGCACCUACUUUGCUCAAGGCUCAUUAAUUAAGUCUCCACUCGUGAUGAGUGGAGGGAUAUGUUUUCUCUGUGCCGGAUUACUCUGCUUGACCACUGUGUCCUGGACCACCAAUGACGUGAUCAUAGAUUUCUAUGACCCCUUACUUCCAAGUGGCAUGAAAUACGAAAUUGGCCUGGCGGUGUAUCUCGGUUACGCGUCAGCCUGCCUCAGCCUGUGUGGGGGAGUGGUACUGAUCUGGAGCAGCAGCGGUGAACGGUCACCGAGGUUUCCCCAAAGGCAGAUGAGUCAGCCAACAUCCCCUCCUCCUUAUAACAACAAUUUCACUCCAGCACCCCCUUACAAUCCUGCAGAGGCACUAAAGGACAAUCGCGCACCGUCACUUUUCUCAGUCUCCAGCAGUGGUUACAGACUUAAUAAUUAUGUCUAAUGUCUGUGGUGAUGCUUGCUUGCGAUCAGCACACCUAAGCAUAGAAUAGAACUAAAAAAAAAAUGCCAAAAAAUGUCAAGUGAACUUGUCCAAUCACACAGACACUCAAUGCAAUGUGGCUAAAGUACCACUAGAUGGCGACAUUUAUCAGUGAAUAGAAACUAAUGACAACCUGGAUAUUUGUAAUACACACUAAAUUGUUCUCUUCUUAUAUUAUAACAAGUAUUCGCAUUCAAAAAAUGACAAUGCACAUACAUCCUGAAUGUAAUGUCUAUUAGAGGAAUGCAUCAGAAACACUAUAAAUCGUUUAUCAUUCACAUCCUUUCCAAACAUGAUUGAUUGCAUUUAUGCAAUUGUUUUAAAAAUAUAUAUGUAAAUUAAUCUGUAUGUUGUGUUCUCCCACAAAGCAUCUAAUUGGCUUCGCACAAGCAAAUUUGUAUGUACUGUGUAAGGAAAAACUCCCAAUUAGAGCCCCAGUGUGAGCCCGUCAACCUGCACAGCAGCUACUGUGCCUGUCAUAACAUUGUAGCAGAUCAGCCAUCACACUUCUAAGCAUAUAUUUCCUUUGAGUGGGUAUUAAUUAACAAUAAAUUAUUUUGCAGUUGGGUUUUUUUGUUUGUUUAGUUUUUGUUUUUUUAUCCAAAAUAAGUGGUCUUGGUGCCUGUUUUUACCCAUCAAUGAUUGAUUGAUUGUAUUAACGGUCUUAAUCAAAAUUAGGCACUAUCUGUUGUAAGAGUUACGGUAUCAUCCUGGCAAAUUUGUUUUAGAUGUUUUCUAUACUAAAUCUUGAACUAAACUAGAUUACCAAACAAUUUACAAAGGUAAGUCUCCCCAACUACCCACUAAUUUGAUUUAAGAAAAAAAAACACAUUUGUAAGUUAAAUAACUAAAUCAACCUCCAUACAGUAAAAUCUAAAUUUUAGUCACAUCAAUGUGUUGUGUUGUGUUGUGUUGUGUUGUGUUGUGUUGUGUUGUGUUCUGUUCUGUUGACUCCCAUAAAAACUAAAGAAAGCAACUCCUUCCUUUAUAGGCAACUCUAUCUUUAGCUACCCUCAACUAGUCUUUUAUGAGCAAUAAACCCAGGUAAACUCAAUCGGAACUUAGUUUUGACAUUUCUCCAAUAACAUAACUCCCCCUUUGAGAAAAAGGAAAGUAAUUUGUUGGCAUCAAGAUUUGAGUUUUAAUAGGCUUCAAAAUCAUAUACAGUAUCAAUAAUGUACUCAAUGACAUGUGAGUCACCAUUUUUACAGCCCAGUUACAUUUACAGACUUUGUCUGCCACCACAUCAGACUCCUUCACCUGUUCUGUUGAUAUCCGCGUCAACGUGUUCAACAGUCAUAUUUGACUUUGGAGACACAGCAAAGUCACGUCACAAAAUCAUACGUGAAAUCUGAACUCCACAACCAGGGCUGUCAACAAACUUACCGGGGCCCAGGGACAAGAGACCAUUAUAGAGCCCGCCACAGCCCCCCACACCCCCGCCACCGGCUUGUCACGACAACAUACGCAGUACUUUUAACGCUUUGCAAGCAAUGACAGUGUAAAUUUUCAAAUUAUUUAAUUUGAGAUGGACAAUUAAAUUUAACAGACUGUAAUGUGAUGUGACACAAUAUAAACAAACAAUCUCCAUCUAUUGUCCCUUGUAGGCUACAACACAAUACAACUUAGAGUGCUAUGUCUGCCUGCUAAGCAACAGAACAGUCUCCCAUCACCGUCUCUCUCCUCGGCUCAACGCGAGCAGCAUGUCUUGUCAUACAGCAGCUCAAAGGCUACAAGCGGCCAGUGACACUCGAAUCGGGCUUUGGUCACAGUGAUCGCGAAUGUAAACGUUCAGUGUUAGCAGCUGUUGUUCACUUACCAACAUCACCGUCCACAGCCAACUCUAGCCCUAAUUCUCUGGCUUCUUGUCCCCCUUCUAAAAACGUCAUUUUUUCUCAUUCACCUUUAUGAUCUUCAUCUCUUUUUCUUUUCUUUUUUCUUUCCUUUUCUGCGCACCCGAUUCAUGACGAGUCGCCAUGUUUAGAGUUUACAAC